GCAUUCAUUGCCUCGAAAUUCCAAAACUCAAAAUGCGAACAGUACCGGUUUGGGUUGAUAAAAUUCGAGAUAGAGACAAUGUUGAGCAAUGCAUCUGGGACAUGGUUUUUAAACCUGAUGGCUCUGAACUCAUUAUAGCAGCUAGUCAAAGAGUCUUAGUUUAUAAUUCGGUUGAUGUGAAUAACUUGAGUCUCAUUCAAGCUUUGAAAGGUCAUAAAGAUACAGUUUAUUGUGUAAGCUAUGCAAAAGAUGGUAAAAGAUUUGCCUCAGGUUCGGCAGAUAAAAGUGUGAUUAUUUGGACAGAUAAAUUAGAAGGAAUUUUAAAAUAUGUCCAUAACGAUGCUAUACAAUGUUUAUCUUACAAUCCUAUAACUCAUCAACUACUCUCCUGUGCCUGUACCGAUUUUGGCCUGUGGUCUCCUGAACAAAAGAGUGUGUCAAAAGUUAAAGUAAAUGGUAGAAUAUGCAGUUGUUCUUGGACAAACGACGGUCAAUAUAUGGCUUUAGGCAUGUAUACAGGAUAUAUAAGUAUUAGAAACAAGGCUGGCGAAGAAAAAGUAAAAAUUGAUAGACCUGGUGGAUCAUCGUCCGCUAUUUGGUCUCUGCAAUGGAACCCGAAUAAGAACGAUCCUAUGGAUAUUCUAGCUGUUGUUGAUUGGGGUAAAAGAUUGGCCUUUUAUCAACUAUCAGGAAAACAGGUAGGAAAAGAUAGGCAAUUAACCUAUGAUCCCUGUUCUGUUAGAUGGUUUGCAAAUGGAGAGUUUGUAAUAGUAACAGGGUCAAAUAAAGAGGCUUCUCUUCAUACAAAGGACGGAGUAAAGUUAGGAACAAUUUGCGAGCAACAAGAUUGGGUUUGGUGCUCAGCUAUGAAGCCCGAUCCGACCAAUAAUUAUAUUGUUGUUGGAUGUCAAGAUGGAAGUUUAAAUUGUAAUCAGCUCAUCUUUAGUACUGUACAUAGCCUUUAUAAAGACAGAUAUGCCUAUCGAGAAAAUAUGACGGAUGUUAUUAUACAACAUUUAAUAACAGAAAAAAAAGUGAGGAUUAAGUGCAGAGAUUUAGUAAAGAAGAUAGCUGUUUACAGAGGAAGAUUGGCUGUUCAACUGCCUGAUAGAAUUAUUAUUUAUGAAUUAGCAACUGCAGAUGUGGAUGAUAUGCAGUACAAAUGGACGGAUAAAAUUAUGAAAAAAGUUGAAUGUAAUCUUUUAGUUGUCUGUUCCAAGCACAUUAUCUUUUGCCAGGAGAAGAAACUUCAAUGCUUCUCUUUUGCUGGAAACAAAGAAAGGGAAUGGACUAUGGAUUCCAUAAUAAGAUAUAUUAAAGUCACGGGCGGUCCUAUAGGCAGAGAAGGAAUUCUAGUUGGUUUGAAGAGCGGACAAAUUGUUACUAUAUUCGUCAACAAUCCAUUUCCUGUGAAUAUCUUAACUCAAAGUACAUCUGUGAGAUGUCUAGACAUGUCAAUGUCUAGAACGAAAUUAGCUGUCGUCGAUGAAAAUAGCACUUGCUUAGUAUACGAUGUAAACAGUAAAGAAUUACUUUAUCAAGAACUAAAUGCAAAUAGCGUUUCAUGGAAUACGCAAUGCGAAGAUAUGUUAUGUUUUGGUGGAAAUGGUCUAUUAAAUAUAAAAGCAGCCUUGUUUCCAGUCCAUCAGCAAAAAUUAGUAGGAUUUGUUGUUGGAUUUACUGGGUCUCGAAUAUUUUGCCUUAAUGUAUAUUCAAUGUCAUGUGUAGAGGUGCCACAAUCUGCCUCAAUGUACCAGUAUCUUGAAAAGAAAAACUACCAGGGAGCUUACACAGUCGCUUGUUUGGGUGUCACUGAUGGAGAUUGGAAUACCUUAGCGUUAGAGGCUCUUGAAGGCUUAAACUUAGAUAUUUCAAAAAGAGCAUUCGUUAGAACAAAAAAUUUAAAAUAUCUUGAAUUAAUAAGUAAUAUAGAAGAAAGAAAAAAGAGAGGUGAAAAUGAUCCUCAAGUCUUCCUUGGUGAUAUUUUCGCUUAUGAGGGUAAAUUUAAUGAAGCCGCUAAAAUGUACAAAAAAGCUGGACAAGAGCAGAAAGCCAUGAAUAUGUAUACUGAUUUAAGAAUGUUCGAUCAAGCUAAGGAAUUCCUGGGCACAGGUGAUCAAGCAGAUAGGAAAAAUUUAAUCAGCAAGCAGGCCGAUUGGGCAAGAAAUAUUAAUGAACCUAAAGCAGCUGCAGAAAUGUAUAUAUCGGCUGGAGAAUACUCAAAAGCCAUAGACAUUAUUGGAGAUCACGGAUGGGCUGAUAUGUUAAUUGAUUUGGCUCGAAAACUGGAUAAAGCAGACACUGAAAACCUUAAUAAAUGUGCCUUUUACUUAAAAAGGCAUGAACAAUAUGCAUAUGCAGCUGAAACUUAUAUGAAAAUGGGCGAUACGAAAGCUUUAUUAUUGCUUCACGUAGAAGCCAAGCAAUGGAGCGAGGCAUUUGAGCUGGUUAAAAAGCAUAAAGAGUUUAAGAAUGAUGUUUACAUACCUUACGCCCAGUCGCUAGCAGAAGAAGAUAAAUUUGAAGAAGCACAACAAGCUUUUCAUGAAGCUGGCUUGGAAGAAGAAGCUGUCAAAGUUUUAGAACAACUUACUAGAAAUGCUGUUACUGAAAAUCGAUUUAACGAUGCAAGUUAUUACUAUUGGAAAUUAUCGAUGCAGUGCUUCGACAUUGCUCAGCAGGAUGAAAAUAAAAUCUCAAUAAUGAUUAAGAAAUUCAAGGAUUAUCAAAAGAAAGCUGCAAUUUACCACGUUUUUCAUUCAAUAUUCAAAUUUGUCGAAGAGCCAUUUACUUCUGAUACUCCAGAGAAUCUCUUUCACAUGUCGAGAUUUUUGUAUCAUGAAUUACAAACAACUGAAGUCCCGGACGGUGUCUCUAAAGUGGCAACCCUUUAUACACUUGCAAAACAAAGUAAACAAUUGAAUGCUUUCAAGUUGGCUAGACAUGCAUAUGAAAAGUUACAGAACUUAAAGAUUCCAGCUAGAUAUCAAGAAAUAGUUGAUAUUGGAGCUAUAACAAUACGUUCUAAAGCCUUUCAUGAUGCAGAGGAUCGCUUACCUAUGUGUUAUCGUUGUUCAACCACAAAUCCUUUACUGAAUAAUCAAGGAAAUAUGUGUAUUAACUGUCGACAGCCAUUUGUCCAUUCUUUCAUUUCAUUUGAGGUAUUACCAUUGGUUGAAUUCUUUCUCGAGGAAGGCAUUGAUGAUGAUGAAGCAGUCCAACUGAUUGAAAGCGCUCCAAGGAAGAAAGACAAGCAAACCGCUAGUGAAACAAAAACAGCCAAUAUGCAGAGUCUACGAAUGGAUGAUUUAAGCGCUUUCGAAGAAGGGGAAGGGAGCAGAGAGAUAGCAGACCCAUUUACAGCUAGUAUGAUGUCUUUUGAGCAAGGAAGCUCGGAGUUUACUCCAGUAGUAGUAGGAAGAGAAGCACUUAAAUCACUUCAGAGAACCGAAAUUAUUGUUAUUAAGUGGCCUCCACCGCUGAGAAAUCAAUAUUUCAAGAAUUUCAUGCCUGAUGUUCAAAUUUUGGUUUCUUGUCCAGACUGUAGAAAGCUGUUCCACAGCGACGACUAUGAACUAAAAGUUCUUCAAGAUAACGCUUGUCCAUUCUGCAGAAUUUUGUCUUACGAAAUGAAUCAAACGAAUUUGUUCUGUUCUCUUUUAUAUUUAUUAAUUAGUUUAAAAGUUUUAUUGACUGAAAUAACUUGGACUUUACCAUAUAUUAAAACAAGAAGAGAUAGUUAUAAAACAGAUUUAUUUAGAGGAAAUGUUGAAUUGCAAAAAUUUAAAAAUAAACAUUCAAACGGUAUCCGUCAGGCUUUAUACGGUUUCGAUGGUAACGUAUCGUCUUGCGUAGAAAGUUCUAUGGAACGUCACCCUUGGAUAGCUGUUGAUCUGGAAGAUAAUUUCUAUCUAUUGAAACUUUUCGUGUCUGGUAAAUUUUUAACAGCUCUAACUAUUGGGCUUUCGAAAAAAUGGCCAGAUAGUAGUUCCAAUAAGUGGAAAAUAGGAUUUUCUUUGUGUACAUUUAUAGCUGAUACAAGUAAUCAUAUCAAUGCGUCUUGUGAGGGACUAAGUUAUGGCCGUUAUUUCACUCUUGCAUCUGAAAGCUCUCAAAUGAUUUUAUGCGAUAUACGCAUUUUUAUAAAAGAAGAGAAACCUACCCAAGACAAGUUAAAGAAUGAAUCUUUUUUGCUUAAUAGCGAAAUUUACUUUGAAGGCCAAAGAGUGCUCAAAUUAACGGAUAAAAAACUUGAAACUUGUUUAAAUGCGCACAACUUCGCAGCAAACAAGCUGCAUCGUAUAGUUGUAGGCCUUCAAACUAUAGAAGCCAUUAAAAGCGUUGUCGUUCAGACUAACUAUCCUUUUAUACCUAACCUUAUUAUUGGAGUCUACAAUAGAUCUUCCAAACUAUCAGAGGAGAGCCCUUCGUUUAAUGAAUCUAAUAUUAGAUUUUGUGAAGUUAGCAACUGGAACAGUAUUGUAAAAAAAGAUUUUCUUACUUUGCCAAUAAAAGCAGAUGUAGCGAAACUGAAACCUACUCUCUCCUCAAGGUUUGUAGGAAGUCAACAGCCAUCAUAUGCAGUAGACGAUUCACUGAAGUCGUGUGUUCUGCUGGAGAGUAACAUUGGAGUUGAAAGAUGGAUAGCAAUUAACCUUGGCUAUCCAUUUGUUUUAGGAAUUUUCGAAAUAUAUAGUCCAAAUAGGGGAAUAAAAACUCUCGAUAUAGGCUUAAGAGAAAAUAAACCAAAGGGAGGUAGGGAUGAUUCAGUCGCAUGUCAAUCAAAGACCGACGCGUACCGUGAAACUAAACUCAUAAUGGCAUGCAUUAGUGAAAUAACAGCUAGGAUUGCGCUUCUCAAGAGCUUGGACCACCAUUUCGAAAUAUGUAACAUCAGAAUCUUUCCUAUUUACCCAGAAACCUGUUACGAAUACAAGCCUGCCGCAGAGGGUAUCGAGAUGGACGAGAGGGAAAUUAUAGCAAAAAAGGUUCUUCAUAAUGAAAAUUUUAUAGAUAGAUGCGGCGAUUGGUGUAGUAGCGACCCAAAAUGCGUGGCCAUCGAUUUCAUUCAUCUUUCGAAGAACAACAAUAAAACUGAAUGUAGAAAACUUUACAAGACAUUGUAUCAAACUAAAAGAUAUGAAAAGUCCACUAAUUCAAUUCAUUAUGUGCGAAAAUCUUGUAUGAUAGAUUUGGAAUCACAUCCCAAAAUAGUAGCAAACUCAAUUUCGAGUGCAAAACGCAUAAUUUAUUCCGGUCUCCGUGGUCUUGAUGCUAUAACACUAUCAAAAAUAGUUGAUAAUAAUAUAUUAACCUGUCUUACGGUUCAAUCAUCCUUUCAAAGAGCUUGGAUAGGAGUUGAUAUGGGUAAAGUAAAUAUUAUUGGAAGAGUAAAGAUAAUUGGUGGAAAGAAUGGUAUCGGUCCACUAAGAAUUUCUGUUGGCUAUAGCGAGCCCACUGUAAAUUGGCCGGACAAUGAAGACUUGUAUGAUUGUUAUUUUUUGCCACAUGUAUCUUCUGAACUUGAUAUUCGAUGCAAACCUUCUUUAAAGGGGAGAUAUGUCAUUAUUUUCUCCAAAAUAGGUGGUAGUAUAAAUGUAUGUGAAGUUUAUAUCUUUCCUUUGAAAGUAUUGGAUGAAUGUCGAGGUAUUGCUUUUGGCCAGAAGUCGUGUAGACUUCUUUUCUUAAAGAGUAGUGAUACUAAAUUACCCCAGGAGGAGAACACACUUGAGUAUUAUGAAAGAACAUGUGGCUUCAAAGCUGAGAUAAAAGGUACCAAUAAUUUUUUUAUCGCUUUACCUAAACUGUCAGAAUUAAAAUGUGCUUCAGUUGAAAGUCCAAAAGCCUAUGAUAUUGUAAAUGUAACAACACAUGAAAAUAAAUUUCUAUCGAUUGACAGAAAGAGAUCAUAUUCUGUGAAACAUUGUGCUACUAUUCUUAUCCUUAGUAAACAAGAUGAUGGUGAUCUUGUAACUGUAAACAGCAGUUGUAAAUACUUUUCGCUUAGUAAAUUUAUGACUUUUGAAAGUCUUUUUGGAGAUUCUCUUCUAUCGAUAUGUGAAUUAGAGAUCUACACUCUAAACUCAAAUUCAGAAAAUGAUAAAUUAAUUGAUUUCGACAAGGAAUUUGAUUCUGAUAAAAUGAAUUUAGCAGCAGCUGCAAUUGUUGAAGGCAUAGGGAUCGCUAAUAGCUGGAAGCUAGUCGACACUUCAUUACAAAGUUGUUAUACUGUUAAUAUAGACAAAGAAUUCAUUAUUUGGCUAGAGAAUUUCUAUUUAAUUAGAAAAGUAAUGGUGUUUGCUGACAAAAUGGGUUUGGGAACUAAAAUUUAUACUCGUAUCCUAUGUCCAAUAAGAUGGAUAAAUGAUACAGCAUCAAAUGGUAUACUUCAAAUAACAAAUGACUGUCCUUAUAUUGCGGGAAGCGUCAGUAAUUUUGUUCGAAUAGUAUCUCUACGCAGUAAAGUUAGAUUCUGUGAAAUUGAAAUCUAUGCAGAUAAAAGACGAACACUUUGCACAACACUAAAUUCCAAGCCAGAAGACGAGAUUAUACUAUGCCCGGAGAUCGACCCCUAUAUUCACGUUGGGUUUUUACCAGAUAAUUUAAUCAAUCCUCAAUUACAAGUAGAUUCAAGCCUCGAUAUCGAUUAUAGCAAAUCGAUUGAUGGCGAUUUAAGUACUGGAACUUACAUCGGCGGCUUUAGAAUUUUGUCCAAUUUUUGGGUUACUAUUCAUUUGGAAAACAUCAAAACUUUAGGUCGAGUUCGAAUUUCUGGUGAAAAAAAUACUGUUGGAGUAUUAGCCGUGUCUGUCUAUACGAGAAACUACCGGUAUAAGCGCCGUUGCUUUACAAUACCUGAAAAACCUUGGAGCGUAGUAGAUCGAUCUUGUAUCAGACAAAUUGAGGGGAUAGCCGUUAGUUUACAUGCAUUCACAUCAAAUCCGUUUUAUGCUAUGUUUAUAUCAGAAAUUCAAGUCUUUUCAGUAAAUUCUGAACAUCCAUGUUUAAGAUCUUUAUGUCAAAAUGAUGCUGCUUGCGAAAAAAUGGGAAGCUCAUAUCGUUGUAUUUGUAAAGAGGGUUACAAAGGAAAUCGCUGUGAGAUUCACACAUGCGAACUUGGUAAUCGGCUGUGUUCCAAUAGGGGAAAAUGUCUUAUUGUUUCUGGGAAACGCAAGUGCCAAUGCGAUCUUAAAUACUCUGGGGACAAAUGUGAGGCAUUUGCUGAUCCUUGCGAGAAAAAAAAAUGCUUGUCAGGAUUGUGCAUAAGAACGGGAGAUGGCAGCUCUGGCUCAUGCUACAAUAUACCAGAAAGUUCAUAUACUACAGAUGGUUUUAAGCUUAAUAAUUUUACAACAUUAUUACCUAAUAUUGGAAAAACUGAACCUCCAAAACCAUCGCUUGUAGAAAAGAGUGAAACCUGUCCGCAAAAGCAAUGCAUAGCUGGAGUGUGCCAGCUGCAAAACAAAAAUUAUGAGGAAAAUAAUUGUAAUUGUUUCUCGGGUUGGACAGGAAAGUUUUGUGCUAGCCAAUUAAAUCCGUGUUACAAUAACCCCUGCCAAAACGGAGGCAUAUGUCUACCUGGCCCUAUAAAUGACUACCUUUGCAAUUGCCCAGAAGGAUACGAUGGCAUCAACUGUCAGAUUAAUUUGAGAUCGGACUUAAUGGAGAUAGAAUGUUCUCCAAAUUCUUGUUCAGGUCACGGUUAUUGUCGCGAAAACUUUAACAAAGAAAUACAGUGCGUUUGCUACGAAGGCUAUCACGGAAAGAGAUGUGAUAGAGUAAUUAGUUGCAAUGAAAUGAAGUGUAGAAAUGGGAUAUGCCAUCAAAAAAGUAUUAACAAAGAAUUAUUACCAGCUGAAUGUUUAUGCUUGGGUGGUUGGACUGGAAAAUAUUGUCAAAUAAUAGCUAACCAAUGCUUACUGUUACCUUGUAUUUCGGGAAACUGUGAAAUAAAGAAAAGUAAUGGAUCCUAUGUUAAUGCUAAAUGUGUCUGUGACGCAGAAUAUGAAGGAGUUGCUUGCGAAGUGCAUAAGAAAAGCGUAUGUUACAAUCAUAAAUGCUUUAGAGGCUAUUGCAUUCCUGAUAUAAAUGGUAUAGAUUACAAAUGUAAAUGUAUAGCCGGAUGGAGAGGAGCCUUUUGUGAUGAACAAACAAUCAAGACAGAAAACAAAAUUACCGUUACCUUCAGUGAUACUUUUCAAAUUUUCAUUGUAUUCUGUUUAUUACUAUGCGUUCUUAUUAUUUCAAUUAUUUUUGUAAACAUCUACUUCUUUCAAUGA